GGUCCCUGACCCGGGAUGGGCCCGAGGGCCUUCCCGCAGGCGGAGCAGGAGCUCGGGCGGCCCGCAGUCUCCCUGGCGGCGAGGGCUCCGGGCGCUUUGCGGCCCGCCCAUGGGUGUUACCAGGAGCAAGGACGCCCCGCCGCCAUCUCCAGACCUGAGCCGGGGUUUCAAGGAUGCUCUAACCAAAAAUUAGUGGAGAAGGAGGAGAGAGUAGAUCUCUGGCCUACGUGGAACCACUGGGGACCAAGCAGGAACUCCAACGUGGAGAACCUACCCCCGCACAUCAUCCGCCUGGUGUACAAGGAGGUGACGACACUGACCGCAGACCCACCCGAUGGCAUCAAGGUCUUUCCCAACGAGGAGGACCUCACCGACCUCCAGGUCACCAUCGAGGGCCCUGAGGGGACCCCAUACGCUGGAGGUCUGUUCCGCAUGAAACUCCUGCUGGGGAAGGACUUCCCUGCCUCCCCACCCAAGGGCUACUUCCUGACCAAGAUCUUUCACCCGAACGUGGGCGCCAAUGGCGAGAUCUGCGUCAACGUGCUCAAGAGGGACUGGACGGCUGAGCUGGGCAUCCGACACGUACUGCUGACCAUCAAGUGCCUGCUGAUCCACCCUAACCCCGAGUCUGCACUCAACGAGGAGGCGGGCCGCCUGCUCUUGGAGAACUACGAGGAGUAUGCGGCUCGGGCCCGUCUGCUCACAGAGAUCCACGGGGGCGCCGGCGGGCCCAGCGGCAGGGCCGAAGCCGGUCGGGCCCUGGCCAGUGGCACUGCAGCUUCCUCCACCGACCCUGGGGCCCCAGGGGGCCCGGGAGGGGCUGAGGGUCCCAUGGCCAAGAAGCAUGCUGGCGAGCGCGAUAAGAAGCUGGCGGCCAAGAAAAAGACGGACAAGAAGCGGGCGCUGCGGCGGCUGUAGUGGGCUCUCUUCCUCCUUCCACCGUGACCCCCAACCUCUCCUGUCCCCUCCCUCCAACUCUGUCUCUAAGUUAUUUAAAUUAUGGCUGGGGUCGGGGAGGGUACAGGGGGCACUGGGACCUGGAUUUGUUUUUCUAAAUAAAGUUGGAAAAGCA